AUGGAUAAGUCGGAGGUCGGUCCCAAUAUCAAAAUUAACGAGGAAAAUCAGAUGAAGGAGUUUUUUGUAUUUCCCCCAAACACCAAUUACGUUGGGAUGUCCUUCAACUUCCUUAAAAUGGUCAUCCGAAGAGCGUAUGACGGGUCGUUGAGUUAUCAAGCGAAUGGGAAUGUGUGUAUCACUUCAUACAAAGACCCGCACAUUUCUAAAACAUUCGAUACUUUCCGUAAAAUUCCACAAAUUUGUGAAACCCUAAAAAUGAGUGAGGAGGAAAUAGAACAGUUCGUUGUCAACAUUUUGGCAGUGUACGAUGCGUUUACAAGUACGCAAUUUUUCUUUGAAUAUGGCAUGGAAAAGGAAGUUGGGAAUUUUGUUGAGAAUUUUAAUGAAUUGCGAGAACAAUUGUUUGGUGUUACACUUGAGAAAAUAAAGGAGAAAAUACACGUGAUAACAGAAGGGAUACAAAACGCGGUUUGUUGUGUUGCUGGUAAUAAAAAUCAAAUUGAAAAGGCUGGCGAGAAGUUUGAACAUGUUGUAAACAUAUUUAAGACAAAAUGA